AUGCGCGCCGGCCUCCGCCCCCUGCUAAGGGCGAAACCGCCCUCCGCACAACUCCCCGCCGCCCCCGCCCGCCUCCAAAAGCGCACCCACACCAGCCACACCCACACCCCCACCCCCACCGCCGCCGCCCGCUCCCCCCCCAGCGUCGACUCAGCACGCACCUACUGCGCCACCCUCCUCCAGAAACACGACUACGCCUCGCACCUCACCACGGCACUGAUGCACCCGCUCGCGCGCGACGCCCACCUCGCCAUCCGCGCCUUCAACAUCGACACGGCGCUGAUCGACGACGCCGUGACCAGCGUCGCCGUCGGCCGCAUGCGCAUGCAGUACUGGCGGGAUGCCGUCGACGCUACGUUUUCGGGCCGGGCGCCGGCGGAGCCGGUCGCCGUGCUGCUGGGCAGUGUGUUGCGCGGCGGGGCGCCGCUGGGGAAGGGGUGGUUUAGGAAGGUUAUUGGCUGUCGGGAGCAAUAUCUAGGCGCCGUUCCGUUUGCGACGCUCGAGGAUCUCGAGGCGUAUGCAGAGGGCACAUACGGGUCGCUCAACUACCUCAGUCUCGAGUCGUUUGGCGUGCAGAGUGUCGCGCUCGACCACGUAGCAUCACAUAUCGGGAAGGCUGUUGGCAUCGCCGCUAUUCUGCGUGGGAUGCCACUGCUGGCGUUUCCCACGGGGGCGGGGGCAGGGGCGGGGGCGGUGGUGUUCCCGCUGGAUGUGUGUGCGCAGCACGGGCUGCGGCAGGAGGACGUGCUGCGGAAGGGGAGCGGGGCAGAGGGGCUGAGGGAUGCGGUGUUUGCGGUGGCCACGAGGGCGAAUGAUCAUUUGAUUACGGCGAGGAAGAUGUUGGGGGAUUAUGCGGGGGCCGAGGGGAAGGGGGCGCCGUUUGGUGCUUUCUUGAGUGCGGUCCCGACGGCGCUGUAUCUGGAGCGGCUGGAGAAGGUGGAUUUCGACCCGUUUGACCAGAGCUUGCAGAAGAGGCCGUGGAAGCUGCCGUGGAGGGCGUAUCGUGCGUAUUCAACGAAGAAGUUCUGA